AUGGAGAGACUGGUGGCUUCCAUGAGAGCCGUGGACAAAUCUCAAAUACAGGUGUCCAAUCACAUGGACGCCUUGGAUUACAAUGUGUCCGAUCACGAUAUGCUCAUAAACGAAUUGCUUAAGACCCAGACGCGUGACAGUCGCAUCCUGCGUGAGAAAAUGGAGGAUCUGAUGGCAAAGAGUGCCACCCAGACGAAAGCGUUUGAGGAAUUGAAAGUCCAGACAGCUCAGGCCAGCAACAGAUUUAGCGCUCUGACGGAGAGCAUCGCCAAAGUCUCCCAGAGGAAUGACCAACUUAGGGAAAAGAUUGACGCACUCAAAGAUUCCUCAGCGGAGUUCAAGGCAUCCUGGGACUCUAGUGACAUAGACGAGCUCAAGUCCACACAGCAAAUUCUGAUGAACCAACUCCACAAGCUGGGCAAUGCUGAGGUGGUUCUAGCCUCUGAACUGAAGCGGUUCCCUAACUUGGUCAACCAGCUUACAGACGACAUCCGGCGAACCAAGAACGAUCAAUCAGAGAGGGAGGCUGCGUUCCAGAGGCUCAAGUCCGAGACGGAUGCUUUGAAACUGCAAAUUAGAAAUUUACAGCCCCAGCCGAAACCUGGAGGUCAUAGGGGUUAUCAGCACGACCAAUCAUUGGAAGAUGAGUUGGAGCUUCUUAACUUGCGACGAGGCCGUCGUGACGUGUCUGAGACAGCGGCAAGCAAUGGUCUCUUGGACAGAAAGGUUGUCACAACAAACUCUGCAGCCUCUGGCGAUUCCGCAACUUUAUCUUCAACUCAUAACAUUCACAAACGUGCACGACAUCGAAGGAAAAACACUGCGAUAAAAGACUGGCGAUUAUGGCAUACACAACACCGUAAACGAACGCGUGCCGUGUCUGGGCUUCGGAGAGGUCCAACCCCAGAUAUCACAGAUAACUCCAAACAGGAUACGACACCUCGAUAG